AUGAAAAUGGCUCCGCAGAAUGCCGACCCAGAAUCUAUGCAAGUUCAAGAGUUACCCAUGCCCGUGCCCGACCUGCAGAAGCCCGAGAGCAAGGAGGCCGAGAGCCACGACGAGACGGUUAGCGAGGGGUCCAUCGACCGCAUCCCUGUGCGCCUGUGGGUCAUGCACGGAGCCGUGAUGUUUGGCAGGGAGUUCUGCUACGCCAUGGAGACAGCCUUGGUCACGCCAAUCCUCUUGCAGAUUGGCCUCCCGGAGCAGUACUACAGCCUCACCUGGUUCCUGAGCCCCGUCCUCGGCCUCAUCUUCACGCCCCUCAUCGGCUCGGCGAGUGACCGAUGCACGCUGAGCUGGGGCCGCCGACGGCCUUUCAUCCUGGCCCUGUGCAUCGGAGUCCUCUUUGGUGUCGCGCUCUUCCUCAACGGCUCGGCCAUAGGUCUGGCCCUCGGCGAUGUCCCCAACCGGCAGCCCAUCGGCAUUGUCCUCACGGUGCUGGGGGUGGUGGUCCUGGACUUCAGUGCUGAUGCCACGGAGGGGCCCAUCCGGGCCUACCUGCUGGACGUGGUAGACAGUGAGGAGCAGGACAUGGCCCUCAACAUCCACGCCUUCUCUGCUGGCCUCGGGGGCGCCAUUGGCUAUGUGCUGGGCGGCCUGGACUGGACCCAGACCUUCCUGGGCACCUGGCUCCGGACGCAGAACCAGGUGCUGUUUUUCUUCGCGGCCAUCGUGUUCUCGGUGUCGGUGGCCCUGCACCUCUGCAGCAUCGAGGAGGAGCAGUACAGCCCGCAGCAGGAGCGCGGGGCUGAGGGGGCCGAGGCCCCGCCGUGCCGCGCCAGCGUGCUGGACGGUGGCCCGCUCUUCCCGGACGAGGUGCAGUCGGAGCACGAGCUGGCCCUGGACUACCUCGACGUGGGCAUCGUGCGCAGCAAGAGCGACUCGGUGCUGCACGUGCCGGACGCCACACUGGAGAUGCAGCCGGAGCUGCUGUUCCUCCACGACAUCGAGCCCUCCAUCUUCCUGGACGCCUCCUGCCCCGGCACGCCCCACAGCACCAGCCAGGAGCUCAGCAAGGCCAGGCUGCCCCCGCUGCCCCCCUUCCUCAGGGACGGCGCCCAGGAGGACGCCGUGCUGCUCGGCACCCACAUGGACGAGGCCAAGGUCCCCAAUGGCAGCGGCUCCCCGCCGAGGGACAGCCUCAGUGGCUGCGCCCACGUCGACACGAAGCCCGCGGCCAGCUCCGUGCGACGGCGGCGGCAUGUGUUCUGCCGGCAGGCCUCCAGUACCUUCUCCUACUAUGGCAAGGUGGGCUCCCACCACUACCGGUUCCGGCGCGCCAACGCCCUGGUGCUCAUUAAGUCCUCGCGCAGCAUGAACGACCUGCACGACCUGCAGAAGCGCCAGCGGCAGCGGAGCCGGCACCGCAACCAGAGCGGGGCCACCACGUCCAGUGGGGACACGGAGAGCGAGGAGGGGGAGGGCGAGACCACAGUGCGCCUGCUCUGGCUGUCCAUGCUGAAGAUGCCCGCGGAGCUGACGCGGCUCUGCCUCUGCCACCUGCUCACCUGGUUCUCCGUCAUCGCCGAGGCCGUGUUCUACACUGACUUCAUGGGCCAGGUCAUCUUUGAGGGCGACCCCAAGGCACCCUCCAACUCGACAUCCUGGCAGGCCUACAAUGACGGGGUGAAGAUGGGCUGCUGGGGCCUGGUCAUCUACGCCACCACCGCUGCUGUCUGCUCAGCUCUGCUUCAGAAGUACCUGGACAACUAUGACCUGAGCAUCAGGGUGAUCUACGUGCUGGGGACUCUGGGCUUCUCCGUCGGCACGGCCGUGAUGGCCAUGUUCGCCAACGUCUACGUCGCCAUGAUCACGAUCAGCACCAUGGGUGUCGUCUCCAUGAGCAUCUCCUACUGCCCCUAUGCCCUGCUGGGCCAGUACCACGAGACCAAGCAGUACGUCCACCACAGCCCCGGAAGCUCCAGGCGCGGCUUUGGCAUGGACUGUGCCAUCCUCUCCUGCCAGGUCUACAUCUCCCAGAUCCUAGUGGCCUCAGCCCUCGGGAGCGUGGUGGACGCCGUCAACACUGUCCGUGUCAUCCCCAUGGUGGCCUCUGUGGGCUCUUUCCUGGGCUUCCUGACAGCCACGUUCCUGGUGAUCUAUCCCGACGCGUCCGAGGAGGCCAAGGAGGAGCAGAAAGGCCUGUCAGCCCAGCCAGCCAGCGAUGGCACCACGAAGCCCACAGUCCUGCAGCUCUCUCGGAAGGAGGCCCCCCAGGGCCCAGUGGAGACGGAGUCCAUGGUCUGA